CGUGGCCAGUGACAGCUAUUUGUUUACAUCCGCAUAGUGACGUACCGGAAGAUGUAACUGUUUCCGGGUUAAAUUUAGAGUUCAAACUUUACAGGUUCUUUUCUAUUUCCGGUUACUGGAUCAACAUGACGAAGGGAACAUCCAGUUUUGGUAAAAGGAUCAAUAAGACCCACACACAUGACAGAAGAACCGGAAGGCGUAAUUACCAUAUCCAAAAGAAAACUACACCUAGCCAUUAUAAUUGGAGUGUAAAAGCAAAAAGGCGAUGCACAACAGGAACAGGUCGUAUGAGGCACAUGAAAAAAGUUUUCAGAAGAUUCAGAAAUGGAUUCCGUGAAGGAACAACACCUAAACCAAAAAGAAGGUCAGCUGCUGCACCUUCAGCUGUUGCAACAAAAUAGACAAUAAAGUUCCUGUAAAUAA